GACCUGCGUCGUGCCUUGAUGGUCGUCACACUGUUAUGCGCCGUACUUUUUGUUUACCUCUACUGGCAACAAACUUCAAGACAGGAACCUACGCUUGUCUUCAACUACGAACACGCUUUUGUCUCCAACUACAAGAAACCCCAACCGCCGCAAUGGACUUGGGAAUGCGUCAAUCAGCGCUGCGAGCGGCGUCACGUGACCACUGCUUCUUCGUCCAGCCACAAGCAGCCCAAGCUGCAAUCGCUGGCCACCUGCGGCAUGCUGUGUGGCUCGACGCAGUUGUGGCCUCAACCUACGGGUCCUGUGACCUUGGGCACUCGCGCGGUAACCUUCAAUCACCUUCAGAUGCAGCUGGUGACCUUGGUGGCAGGACCUGCCAAGCAUAUGGUCGAGCAGGCAUACAGGGCGUUCAACGAUAGCAUCGUUAGCUUGGUUCAGCGAGCAGACUACGUCAAAGAUCGCCCUGACAUCAAGAAAUUCACGGUGAAAGUCACUGUGAGUCAUCCGGAAAUUGUACGGUUAAAACUGGACACUUCCGAGGGCUACAAUGUCGUUGUGAAGGUUCAAAAUGACGAAAUUGUGGCGAAUGUCACAGCGAAAACCUUCUUUGGGGCCAGGCAUGGCCUCGAAACUCUAUCUCAACUGAUAUGGUGGGACGAAUAUGUGCCAGGUGGGGGCUCCCUCCGGGUCCUAAAAGGGGCAACAGUUCAAGAUGCCCCCGCAUUCCCCUAUAGGGGUCUCAUGCUGGACACCUCGAGGAACUUCAUGUCCAUAGACACUUUGAAGAGAGUUCUUGUUGCAAUGGCGGCCAGCAAGUUGAACGUCUUCCAUUGGCACAUCACCGAUAGCCAAAGUUUUCCUCUGGUAGUACCAGCAUACCCCGAAUUCUCCAAAACUGGGUCCUAUGGCCCUGAUAUGACCUAUUCGCCUGAAGAGGUCAGAGGGCUGGUGGAAUUCGCCAGGUUAAGGGGUAUCAGGGUAUUGUUGGAGGUCGACACGCCAGCGCAUGCUGGAAACGGGUGGACUUGGGGACCUAAGGAGGGUCUGGGUGAACUGGCAGUCUGCGUAAACGAAAAACCAUGGAACAUCUACUGCGGGGAACCACCCUGCGGUCAACUGAACCCUGAUAACCCGGCCGUUUACACGGUCUUAGAAAAUCUGUACAAAUAUUUGUUAGACUUAACCGGCGAGAGGGAGAUUUUCCACAUAGGCGGCGAUGAAGUGAAUCUAGAAUGCUGGGCGCAGCACCUCCAGAAAAACAUCGUGACGAAUAACUAUACCGAUCUUCACGACCUGUGGGGAGAUUUUACACUAAAAGCCAUAAACAGGCUACAUCAGGCGAACGGCGGGACCAAGGUUCCACACGUUAUAGUGUGGUCGAGCAAGUUGAGUCAGAGGCCAUACAUCAGCAAGUACCUGGACAAGUCCAACGUCGUCGUGCAGAGUUGGGGUGCCAGCCAAUGGACUGACACGCCUGACCUGAUCGCUGAUGGAUACAAGGUCAUUUUGUCACAUGUUGACGCCUGGUAUCUUGACUGCGGUUUCGGAAGGUGGCGAGAAACCGGAGAAGCAGCCUGUGAUCCAUACCGUCCUUGGCAGACCGUCUACUCUCAUAGGCCGUGGCAACAGUUUCAUCUACCUAAGAACCAAAUUAUGGGUGGAGAAGUGUGCCUAUGGUCCGAACAGGUGGACGAAUCCUCCGUAGACGCUCGACUUUGGCCACGAGCCGCGGCAUUUGCAGAACGAGUUUGGACCGAUCCGCAAUUGGACGUGGCAACGUUCAACAUCCACGAAGACGUGUACACCAGGCUUAACACACACAGGGACCGACUGGUGGCUAGAGGCAUUGGGGCAGAAGCCUUGUGGCCACAAUGGUGCAGUCAGAACCCAGGCAUGUGCCUUUGACCAAUUUGGGAUGAGGUAGAUUUUCUAAUGUAGGUGUUAUCGUUAUCAGUACGAUAUCGCGGGAAACUAGUAGAACCAGCUAAAUAAGAUCUGUCUGUUUUCAGUCCCUGUGAUCACAACCAUCCGGAUAUCACGUUGUUUCAUGCUUUUUCGCCAUAAGCAGUGCAGUAUAGUUCUAGUCUUUGGGGACAGUAUUGUAGUAUGCAAGUGUCACCUCUAAGUGUCAUCAAUGACGACCAAAGAUGGAAAUGGGGAUGAUUUUAUUAUAACAUUUUGGAUCGUUUAAUUAUUAUUACAUUUUUGAGGUCUAAGAAAUUGAAGUUUAUCACAGAGUGCCUAUUUAGGGCUGAAUGCAAAGUCGUUUCUCCACUGGUGCUUUCUAAUUAUGAGGACACCCUUACUUGUUUUGGCAGUAUUGACAUUCGAGAGUGACAGACAAGCUGUCAAAUAUAAAAAGGCGGCCUUGAUUGAUCUGAAUCUUCCUCAUUGCCUUGCAUAUAUAAAACACAUUCCGCAUCGGUGGUCAAAUUAAUAAUUGAUAACCAGAGGUAAUAAAGAGGCCUCAAAUAAAAAAAGGCCGGCUUCUGCUGCGCCUUGAAAUUUCUAUUUUACCGUUUUCAUAUUACGAACAAUAGAUAGCGCCAAUACGCUUGUUUCAUCUUACGAACAAUAGAUAGCGCCAAUAUGCUUGUUUCUGUACCAGGCGGUGUUGCCAGACUGGGGCCUGUAUCUGGCGUUUGGGGAAAAAUAUAAAAUAACUUCAAUAUAUAGCAAAUUCCAUUGGCAUAUCGGUAGAAGAGAGCCUUAUCACCCCUAUUAUGUAAAAUAAUGGCUGAUAGCGAUGUGGUCUUCAUAUUUGUCACUUCUAUGCUAGCUAGUCAUCAGCCCACGCCACGCGUACUCGCUGUGAACACCAUCUAUGGAGAAAUGGCACAGCGACCUAUAGUAAAGAACCUUGGAGACUAAAGGUUGGAGGUCAAACAGCACACUAUGAGUUUAACCUCCUAUCUCUAGUCUUCGUGUAUAAAACUUACAGCUUAGCCCAUUGACAUCGCUAGCCAACUCUGCUCCAGUAUCUUGACGUUUAGGCAACACACAUAGCUACUACAGGUGAACAUGACGAGAACGAUAGCUAGUUCCAAAGUGACAAUAGACAGUUUAUAGUUAUCUUUUUUUUGCUGCUUCGUUAUGAACUUCCUUGUUUCGAUUUUACACAGUAGCAGGAAAGACCUUCGUUAUCCGCUAUCGAAAUGAGAAAGCUCCGUUAGCUACGGAGUAUAGGAAGAGCUUAUUUCGUAUGAUUAUAUUUUUCUCAUUCAGCACACUGAUGCCGAAAUUUGUAAAGCUGAAUAAUCUGAAUUAGAAUAAUUUCAAGCUAUAAAAACAUAUUGAAUAGAAUAUAAUGGAAAUAUGAGUUUUAGAUUACAAAUAAAAAUAAAUCAUAGAAAUAGGCAGAGUUUACAAUAAAUUGAAUUGUCUUGAUUUUCAAUAAAAAAAAUUAACAAGGUUUAGAAAGUUUGGGAUCACCUUCACGUCAAAAUCUAAAAAAAAAACUAAGUAACCUGUCAUGACUGUCAGUAGUCAGUACUGUCAAAGAACGUGAAAGAAAUAAGUUAUCAUAAAAGCUCUUUCUUUCGUCGACAUUCAUUAUUUGCUGUUGCUUUCGUAACGGAAUGCGUAACGAUACAUUAUUUUUGAUCCUGAAAUCGUACUGAUAACAUUCGUCCUUGAUCUCCAAAAAAUUUGUUUUGGAGACAAAUUAUAGUGAAAUUUUAGCUGAAUUUGAGUGAAAUGACCACAAUGGAUGAUGAUAUUUCUUGUUCUUAUCCAUAUAAGCAAGCACUGUUAGAUUUUUACACAAGCAACAGAUAUAUAUGUGAAUAUAAUAUAAAGCAAGUAACUUCGAGCAUUAUUUAACGUAUUCUAGCCAACCUAAUGCUAUAUUUGCGCGACUGAAAAACUAUCCGAGAUGAAAUGAGAUGCCGUGGCGCCAUCUAUGAGAAGUUUUCAAAGCUAUGUUUCUCCUCUCAUCAAUAAGAAGUCUACUUUGAAAAGGUUAGUGUCUCCUAGGUGGCGCUGGAGCUAUAUGCUCAUAUAUAGUUGGCUACAGCGCCACUUGUGAGACACUAAAUAAUAAUUAAACAAUUUAAAAUUUUAAUUGCACCUUUUUAUAAAAUGUAAUCAACUAUGUAACAGCUAACAAAUUUAAGUCGUUUAAUCAAACUCCGAUUUCUAAAACAGUUCUCUUGAAUCAAUGAACUAGUUUAUUUAAACCAAAAUGCAAUCGUUUAAUUGAAUUUAAUAAACAGUUUACUUAGAUUGAGGACAGCAAUUUAUUUAAAAUCAAUAACCUAUAAAAAUGAGUUUACUUGUUCCAAGAAACACAGUUUAAUUAAGAUAUACAGGGUGUUUCAGUUUAUUGUUGCAUAACUUUAAGAUUCGAUAGAACUUCUAAAAUUAAUGCAUAAAGUCUAUAUAAACAUGGGUCGAAAAAUGCGUGGCUUUCGAAAUACAGGGUGUUAAAAUUUACUUUCUAAAAUAGUUUUUUUUUAAAUAUUUCGAACAAUAUUUGAUAUAUAACAGUGAAAAUUGCUAUACAAGAGUUUAUUGGUACGAUAAAACGAACCAUGGGCAUAGUUUUACUGCAGCCGCUAGAGGGCGCUCUCUACUGUACCUGUAGUGUAUUAAAAUGACCGAAAAUUUUUUCUUAGUGUAAUUUUUUGCUUUUUGAAUAAAAAAACUGAUUCUUCGCACUACUUUUCAACAUAAAAAAGCUCUCUUGUGAAUUUUCGUUAUAGUUAGCCGUUUUUGAGAUAUUUCGAUUUUUAAGAUUCGAUGCAUUUUUAAUUAUUUAUGGGAAAAUAAUAUUUUUUUUUAUAUUUUCGAUUUGGGCAUUACAAGUAAUUAAGAUGAUCGUUUAGAAUUAAUUUAAUUUGUUAAAAAUAU